AUGGAUACAUACAAACAGAAGAAAGGAAGAGAGAAAAAGAGGAGGGGAGAGAAGAGAGAAAAAGAGGAGGGGAGAGAAGAGAGAGGGGAGAGGGAGAGGGAGCUCCGGUGGGACUCCGGCCAGGGUCCGGGCAUGGAGGACCAGACGCGUGCUUGGAGGCAUGUGACGUGCGUGGGGAGUGGUGGUGGUAGUGCGCAAGGUGGCCAAUGGUUGGCCACUGGUUUGAGCUACUAUGCAAAAGAUCCACAGGCUGCUGCAAAUUCAUUAACUUCUCUUCUUGACAAGGUAGAAAGUGUUGUUCCGCUAGAUUUACGAUCAAAGACUGCUGCAACUGCUGGUCUGAGGGCAUUAGGAGGCGAGGCAUUUGAUAAAAUUUGCAAUCGGGAACUUUUGAAAAGUAGAAGCACCCUUAAAUCCGAGGCAAAUGGGGUCAAAAUUCUAGACGGCUCUCAAGAAGGUUCUUAUGAGUGGGUGACAAUAAAUUACCUACUAGGGAAUUUGGGAAGGACAUAUCAAGACACAGUUGGCAUAGUUGAUCUUGGUGGUGGAUCUGUUCAAAUGGCCUUUCUUGUGUACGAUUAUUUGCACUAUGGCUUCUUGGCGGCUCGAAAGCGAAAUUUUGAAGGCCAUGAAGAUUUCGCAACCCUUGCAUCUUGGAGGGUUUUGAUGGGGCAAGUUGCUGAUGGAAACAGUGGCGGUGGACGUGACCUUAGGCGGUGGCCGCAACAGAGUUGGUGGCGAUGGGACGUUAGCGGCACUGGUCAGAUGGCAGAGGCAAGUGGGAGCUGA